GAUACUCUCGAGCAUUAUCUGGAGAAACACGACCCGUGCAGCUGGUCGUCGAUCCCGCCCAUCAUUGGAGUCCAUAUCGGGUUCUGCCCGUCAUUUUCGGGUUCUUCGGGACCCGAAUGCUGGUCAACGCGUAUCACUAUUUCGUGUCGUUUAAAAUCUGCAAAUUGUGGGCCAUUUUGGGGACCUUUUUAUGUAACUCUUGGAAGUGAGCGCAAGAAGAAGGAUAUUUGUGCCCAAAACGGCCUUCACUUCACUCACACACACUGCGAGAUUGUGUUGAGGCUUGUGUUGGACUGGUAUACAGCGGCACUGCAAACUGUGCCCCCAAUCCUCACCACAACCACCAACUCCUCCACGAACUUCCCACAAGACAUAGGGAGCCGACGGACACCCGACCAGCCAUUGCCCCGUCCUUUGGGCCCAAACGUGGCCACAACUGUCCACUCGCGAGGGUUAGGCAAAAGGGAGGCGGGGGUGGGGUUUGUGGGGUGUUUGAGGGUCUGGUGUGAGCACACUGUGAGCAUCGGUGGUGCGGUGGUUCCGACGGUUGCGGUACUACUCGUGUCCUCUCCUGUCGUCAACUCUGGCCUCGAAGUCGACCACCGAUUGUCUCACUGUCUGUCUGUCAAUAGGAUGACUGAGUGGUGGACUGUGUAUCACAAUCGAUCAGACCAUCAGAACAAGAAGAAGAAGUAUAAGAAAUGCAAUAAUAAUCACCACAACUGCAGUAAUAAGUGUUUAAAGAGCCAUAAGUGUUGUGAUGGACAUCACAUCAACGCUUCCAAAGAGAAACAUCAGAACAAGUCUAAGACACAGACUCUGAAGGAGAAGGAGAGAGACAGAGACAGCAAACCCAAGAAGAACUCGAUUCACGCCAAGAACAACAACAAUGGGAACAACGAAUUGACCACAAAAUGCAAUAACAAGAAAAACAAAGACAUCUCGAGCUCGACGUCCAAUCAUAAGCUGAUCAAAAGCAAAGACAAUCACCACUUGAAGUCCGCUAAGGAUGUCAUCUCUAAUAACAAAAGUCUCAACGAUUUGUUGGACAACAAUAAAAGUCUUUCAAACCGUGAAACGAGUUUAGAUACAAAUGCGAAGAACUCUUCUCUUGUGGUCAAAGAGUUUAAGUUUUUCAAAGAGAAGGCCAAACAGAAGAAGAGCAUUACUGCCGCCAUAUCUAAGUCACCGAAGACUGGCAUCGGUUCCAACACUAGUGGUGGCACCACAUCUUGUAAGCCAUCGCCCAAAUCAUCAGGUGAUGGCCUGUCGACGAGUGGUGUGAGUGAUAGCUGUCCUAAACAUAAAUCAAAGACAAUCGGAGCUAAAGAUCCGAAGCACUGGUGUGUCGGUCCGAAGACAUCGCCUUCGAGUGGCUCUAACGCCACGAGUAGUGCUAAUACUAGUUGUGAUCUGAAGACAAUUAAAGUAAAACCUAGUGCUAAGACUGCAAAGUAUAGCCACUCGAGUGAUAGUCCAAACAAUGGCUGUGCGAACAGUCAAAGACACGCCACAGUAAAUAAGACAAUAUCUCAGUCACCAAAAGCUACUAAAAACAAGACAACGAUCGCUGAGACAAAGGAUAGUAAAUGUCCCAAAAGUGAUGGCAAAAGGAAAAAUAAAGUGAAAAUCAUUAAAACUAAUACAUUGUAUGACGAAGACAUCAUCGAUGGAUUCGCUAUAUUAAGCUUCAAGACCUUUGACGACAUUGAGGUCCUCUUUGAUGGCUAA